AUGGCGGUGGUUGAGAAUGCCGGAAUCAGCGUUUCUGGGUCAUCCAAUCGGGCUGCUGACCCGAAUGUUCCUGCUCUUGCCCACGAUGACGACAUCGCCGAUCACUCUCAGUCAACUAAGCCGGUGACGACUGCGAACCAAAACUCUUCUUCGCUUUUGAGGUCAACAACCAAGCCGGGGCCGGCGACACCGCCGUCGUCGGCCGAUCAUAGCGUCCCUGUGACCCUUAUGGCUCAUCAGCAGCCGAGCUCCGUUAAUGGUCACCCGCCGGCGACGACCCAAAUGAACAACGGUUCUGGUAUCCAGCAACAUCAUCACGGUAUCAACGGAAAUGGACUGCCGGACCGGAAUCAUUCUAGCAAUUACCACCACCACCACCAUCAUCAUAUGAACGGCGGAGGAGCGAGCGAUGGCGGUUCCGAUGAUGAUGCUCGGGAGCAGGGGUUUAAGAGGGAGAUGAGGGAUUUGGAGGAAAUGCUGUUUAAGUUGAACCCCAUGGCUGAAGAAUUUGUGCCUCCGUCCCUAGCUGCGGUCAACUACCAGAGACUUUUACCACCACAAGCUGCUGCUCUGGCUGCUGCAGGGCCCUUUGGGUAUAAUGCUGCUAACAAUUAUCUAAUCCACCCUAACUCCGGGAUUCCCAAUGGGAAUUCAGCUAGACGGAAGAAGAGCAACUAUAAUAAUGGGAAGAGGCGUAUGAAUGGCCGAACAAGCAUGGCUCAGAGAGAUGAUGUAAUUAGGCGGACUGUAUAUGUGUCUGACAUCGAUCAUCAGGUUACUGAAGAGCAGCUGGCUGCACUUUUUCUUGGCUGCGGACAGGUUGUGGAUUGUCGUGUCUGUGGUGAUCCUAAUUCCGUCCUUCGCUUUGCAUUCAUUGAGUUUACUGAUGAGGAAGGUGCAAGAAAUGCUUUAAGUCUGGCAGGAACUAUGCUUGGAUUUUAUCCUGUUCGAGUGCUGCCUUCUAAAACUGCUAUUGCUCCUGUGAACCCUACAUUCUUACCCAGGUCUGAAGAUGAGAGGGAGAUGUGUGCAAGAACUAUUUAUUGUACAAACAUCGACAAGAAGGUUACUCACGAAGAUGUGAAGCUCUUUUUUGAAUCCAUUUGUGGAAAGGUUUAUCGCUUGAGGAUACUGGGUGACUACCAGCACUCAACUCGUAUAGCUUUUGUUGAGUUUGUGAUGGCUGAGAGCGCAAUUGCAGCCCUAAACUGCAGCGGCGCAGUGUUGGGAUCACUUCCCAUAAGGGUGAGCCCAUCAAAGACCCCUGUUCGGCCCCGUGCUCCUCGCCAAGGGAUGCACUAA